AAGCUUGUUCAUAGUACACAGUGCCAGUUUGCCGUUGCAUAUCCUCCUACAAGCCGCUCCGCACAGCGUAAUCGUAGUCGCAUCAGACGAACGUUCGCCACCAUAAUCUGCACGUUCUUGAACACAUUAAUUUCGAGAAAUCCACGAGCGGUGGAAACAACACUUUCGAGAACAUCUCCGUUGAUUUCUUCCUGGAUGUCAUUGACGGAUUGCACAAGGAUGUUUCCGUUGAGUGCUAGGCUGCGUUGAAUGGUUUUGGUGAUCUUGAUAAUCCUAUCACGGUACUUUGAGUCCGAACGAUCAACUUCAUGAUGUUGAACCUCAAAAAGGCAAAAAGAACCUUAGAUAAUACCCAAGGUCGUGGCGAUGUCCCCUGUGAGUCCCCAGGUGUGUGGCUCCGCGGAGUCUAGCUCCAUAUAGUUAGCCAGGUCCUCCACGAUAGCCCCACGCGCAUACCGGCUUAUCUCCCUGCACAUUACCCCAGCUUUCAUCCCACAUGCUGGGGACACAAGCUUCAAUCUUCCUCAGUGAAGAAUUCUUACCGAGUUUCCCAUCCCUGGAACAUACCCACUAUACCCGAUGCAACGUCAGCAGCGUCCCAACGGCGAGGCACGUCGCCGCUCUGGGUGUUGGUCGUGUAAAGCUAGACACGUACGAUGUACGGAGGAACGACCAUCAUGUGCCCGAUGCGUUAGACUGGGAUCCCAGUGCAAAUAUGGCAUGCGUUUGUUGUGGCAAGAGGACGCCGUACAGAGAGGUAUCUGUUUGGGACGAGAAGGCACAUGGUCUAAACGAAAGAAACCCGUCAAGGACGGCGAUCAAAUUCAAUUGAGACCGAAGCCCUAUUUUGUGAGCGCCACGGGAGAUCCUAUCUUCUUACACACUUUUUCUCGGGACUUCGAAGGCAAAAUCGACAUGGACAUCAGCGACGAGGACGUCGAAGAAGAACGGAGAGUGCAAAGGAUUGACUUUCCUCGUCCAACCAAAGCGUUGUCCUAUUUUCACCAGCUUUCGGGUCACGAAGCAUAUCUUCUCCAGUUCUAUAUCGUUGCGAUAUGCCCCAAUUGCUCUCUGAGUCCUAUCGACAAUCCUUACCUCUACUACGUCACUCCUAUGGCGACCAUCUACCCACCUUUACGCGACGCAGUCAUCUCUAUCGCCGCUACUGAACGACGCUUGGUCAACGAUCGCCGCUUCGAAAAAGAGUCGUGGCUGUAUAAGUCACGUGCCUUGAGAGGCCUUCAAGAAACCAUCACCUCCGGUUCCGUCAGCUGGCCAUUCAUUGCCACCGUGCUCAUGCUCUGCUUCAACGACAUCGUUGAUGGAUGCAGCGAAUCAUGGAUGACGCACCUUCGCGGGGGUCUUACUCUUAUUAAUACCCUCUCUCUCCAAGCGAAUUGCACCGAAAGCCGCACCCUCCGCAAAUUCUGUCUCAUGUACUUCGUCGCGCACGACAUCAUGGGACACACCGCAGGGUCUUCUCCAAUCUCCUCUACACCCUACGCCUGGCUCGCAGACGACGACGUUCAAGAAAUUGACCCGCUUAUGGGAUGCUCACGGGGCUUACUAGACCUCAUCCACGAGAUUUCCACCCUUGGGUCUAUCCUUGACACUCGCCUGGCCGUACGCGCACUGACAGCCCUCGAAUCGACUCAACUUGACAACAACCGCUCGCGACUCGAAGAUGCGCUAUAUAACCUCCAUCAAUACCCCCCUCGCUCUACACCGAACCCGAACAUUGCCUUCGUCGCAGAAGCGAAACGAACAACCGCCCUCUUGUAUCUCCACCACCGCCUCCCAUCGCAAUCAUCCACCACAUCGCACCCCUCUCCCCGCAUGGCGAUCUUAGUAGAUUCUCUCAUAGCACAGCUACAAGACCUUCCCGUGACACCAACGCUUCUGUGGCCGCUAUUCAUGCUGGGAAAUGCGAGUCCACAGAACGAAGAGCAUCGCCGUUUUGUACUAGAACGUCUUGGGCGUAUCUUGGAAGCGAGGAACCUGGGAAGUGUGAGAUUGGCGCGAAGACUUGUCGAGAAGAGGUUCCGCGAGUGGGAUCUUAGGGUUGGUGAGGUGGGAGGAGGUUGGAAAGUUGGGGUUGGGGAGGCGGGGUUUCGAGGGAAGUUGGUUUCACUGGCUUGA